CGCAUUUGGAGUCAGCUAACACAAGCUUAAGCGGAACCGGAAACAGAAAGCGCGAGACAACUUCGCACGGAGAAUCCGCAUGUGAGGAAAGCGCGUGGCAACGACAAGCAUGAAGCGACCAAAGUUAAAAAAGGCGAGUAAGCGCAUGUCCUGCGCCAAACGUUUUAAAAUCCAGAAAAAGGUUCGGGAGCAUCACAGAAAACUAAGGAAAGAGGCGAAGAAGAGCGGAAUCAGAAGAAAGAUCAAGAAGGACAUCGGCGUCCCAAACAGCGCACCGUUUAAAGAGGACGUCCUCAGAGAAGCAGAGGAAAGAAAGCAAGAGCUUGAACAGCUGAAAGAGAAGAACAGACUAGAGAAGCAGAAGGAGCGAGCUGAGAAAAGAAAGAAGGGCAAAGAAGAAAGCAGCGAGGUCACUCCGGCAAAGAAAAAGAAAGUGAAAAAGGAGGAGAAAGUAAAAGCGCAGAGAGAAAAAAGGGCGGCAGUCGCAAAAGCGAAAAGCUCCAAGAAGUUCAGAUGCAGCGAACUGAAUAAGGUUAUCGAAGCCUCUGAUGUGAUUUUGGAAGUCUUGGAUGCCAGGGAUCCUAUGGGCUGCCGCUGUCCUCAGCUGGAGGAAGCUGUGUUAAAGCACGAUGGAAAGAAACGGUUGCUGUUUAUACUAAACAAGAUUGAUCUUGUUCCACAAAACAUUCUGGAGAAAUGGGUUCAGUAUCUUCAAGCACAGUGUCCUACAUUUGUCUUCAAAUCAUCUAUACACAUCCAGGACAAGACUGUGCUUGAGAAAAAGAAGAGAGUUGCCAAUGGUGUCGUUGACUACACCAGAGCAGGAGUGUCCUUCGGGUCAGAUUCUCUCAUGCAGGUGCUCAACCUGUUGGCCAGCAACCAAGGCACGGAGACUAUGCUCAAAGUCGGUGUUGUCGGUUUCCCGAAUGUUGGAAAGAGCAGCAUCAUAAACACUUUAAAAGGCAUCAGAGCGUGUAAUGCUGGAGUGGAGCGAGGACUGACCAAGUGUAUGCAGGAAGUACAUAUCUCCAAAAAGGUGAAGAUGAUCGACAGCCCAGCUAUAGUGGCAGCUCCAUCUAACUCUGGUUACAAGCUGGCUCUGAGGAGUCUACAGGUGGAUGAUCAAGAGGUGAAUCCUCUCGACGCUGCCAAGGCUCUGUUGAAACAGUGCGACCAGCAGCAUGUCAUGUUACAUUACAAUAUCCCCAAGUACAAAAAUUCGCUGGACUUUUUGACCUACUUUGCCAAGAAGCGUGGCUUUCUACAGAAAGGUUCACUGCCCAACACGGAGCAGGCUGCAACUCUGUUUCUCAAGGACUGGACCGGAGCUAAACUGAGCUACUAUAGCAAAGUACCAGAGACAGAAGGCCCUCCUCCUUACCUCACUAAAGCCACGAUUACAGAAUUGCAGACGGGUUUGGACUUGGACAGUAUAAAAACGGCCAACAAAAAGAUUAUUAAACGUGUGCAUGCUUCAAAAAUGUCUACCAAUAUAGCGUUCAACUCGAAGGGCCUGACCGAUGGAAUUCUGAACGUCCGUCAACUCCCAGAAGAGAAACACACACAGGCGGAGGAAGAAGAAGAAGAGGAGGAGGACGACGACGACGAUGAUGAGGAGGAGGAUGAAGAAGAAGAGGAGGAUGAAGAUGAAGACGACGACAUUGAGGAAAUGGAGGACAUUGAGGAGAUUGAGGCUCCUGUCUCAAAGCAGACCAAAAGUCAGAGAACACGUAAACAGAAGAAAGGAAACACAAUCACUGCCUCCGUCAACAUCGAUCUGUUGGCUGCGCAGAAGGACGACGACGAGGCCUACGAUUUCAGCACAGACUUUGUAUAAGAUAUCAGAUUUCACCCGAGUCAGCCAGUGUGUCGACUGUAAUAUAUCUGUGGCUGAUCCAUUGACUGAAACAUCUGGCUCAAAACACACCACUGUCAGUCUGACAGUACCAGUUGUAUAUAUGACGGAUAAUUAAACUUUUAAUUUUCUGUA